AGUCUAUUUUUCAACUUGAAUAGAGAAACACAAAUCAAAAUAGAAUAAACUUUCUUAUUAAAUUGUCUUUAUGAUAAACCUAUGAUAUUGUUAAAAAGAGAAAAAUAAUAGCAAAUUCAUUAAUCAGGAAUUUUGAAAAGAAACAAAAAAAAAAAAGAAUCACGUGGAAAUAAUUUAACUGUAGUCCUUCUACUAUGGAUGAUAAUGAUACGAUUUGGUGGGUAUCUACCUGCGGAAAUAGAACUAUUUAUGAUGCUCUUUGGAAGAGGUCUACACUCUGAAGGAACUUUAUUCGUCUUUUGGCUCAUGGAAGCUGUUGUCAAAGUUAUUCGCACAAGAUCCUCAUAUUUAGACGGCUAUUCGACACCAGCAACGAAAAGCGCGUUAAAUUAUAUAAGUAGAGCAAAGCAUGAAAGGAAGCCCCUAUUGUCAAAAACAAAGGAGGAAGAAGACAAUGAUGAAAUCUUAUCCAAUGUUUGUAUCUUAUUGAGAGAUUUAAUCGUUGUAAAGGCCUUCAAACGGACAAUCAACUUUGAGGAUCUGAAUGAUAUAUUACCGACCGAUAAAUGCCGAAUUUUAGUUAGAAACUUUAAUAAACAAUGGGAAAAACAAUUAAAAAAGCAUAAAUUUGAUUUUGGUAAGAAAUUACAAACUAAGAGGAAAAAGUUAAAAAGCUCUUCAUAUACGUUCGAAAGUCCAAAUGAUACUGGUAUUUUGGAAUCGGAAGAGAAUGAACCAUUUUUUUCAACUCCUAAAAGAAAAGAAGAGAAGAAAAAGGAUAAACCUUCAGCAGCUUGGGCUAUGUGCCUAACAUUCGGUCCAUACUUUCUACUUGGUGGAUUUUACAAGAUUAUUUACGAUCUUAUCUCAUUCGUUUGUCCAGUUUUACUAAAUCUUCUUAUCGACUUUGUCAAAAGUAACGGAGUCUACUCGUGGCAAGGAUAUGUAAUGGUUGUUGUCUUAUUUGUUGUUACUACUAUCAAGAGUCUGAUAAUGCAGCAUUACUAUCACGUUUGCUUUAAAACUGGAAUGUUCCUAAAGUCAGCUGUUACUGGAAUUGUCUACAGAAAGUCUUUAAAGAUGAACAAUGCUGCAAGACAGGAAUCAACGGUAGGAGAAAUAGUAAACCUAAUGUCAGUCGACGCCCAAAAAUUACAGGAUGGUCCAGCGUAUUUCCAUAUGUUAUGGUCGUCUCCCUUUACGGUUAUAAUAGCCGUAGUCUAUCUUUAUCGAAUAUUAGGCGUUGCUGUAUUUGCUGGUCUUUUGGUUAUGGUUCUUAUGGUACCUUUCAAUAUGCUUAUGGCAAGGAUGGUUAUGAAAUAUUACAUAGCCCAAAUGGGUAUAAAGGACAUUAGAAUUAAGCAUAUGAGUGAAAUUUUAAAUGGUAUGAAAGUUCUUAAACUAUACGCUUGGGAACAAGCAUUUGAAGAUCGAGCUGAUUCUUCUAGGACGAAAGAAAUAGCCAAACUAAGGCAAGCUGAAUAUCUGCAAGCUUUCGGCUCUAUUAGCUGGAAUAUGUCAUCAUAUUUAGUAGCUCUGGCUACUUUUGCCGUCUACGUUAAAAUAUCUCCCGAUAAUAUCCUUGAUGCCAACAAAGCUUUUGUAUCGUUAUCUCUGUUCAAUAUUCUUAAAUAUCCCAUGUCAAUUUUACAACCGUGCAUUCAAUUCUUCGUUCAAGCUAUGGUAGCUAUGUCUCGAUUACGAAAGUACUUACUACUUCCGGAAUUGGAUGAAGAUAAUGUAACAUUUGACAAGCACGCAUCUCACGCUAUAUCCAUAAGAGAUGGAAAGUUCUCAUGGACCAAGAAUGAUCCUCCCAUUCUAUCCGACAUAUCUAUAAACGUUUCCAGGUCGAAACUUGUUGCAGUAGUCGGUCAAGUAGGUUCUGGAAAAUCUUCACUAUUAUCCGCUAUGCUGGGAGAAAUGGAAGUUUUAGAAGGUUCUGUUAGGCUCAAUUCUGAACGAAUGGCAUACGUUCCACAACAAGCCUGGAUACAGCAUAAUACUAUUGAAAAGAAUAUAACUUUUGGAAAAGCUAUGGAAACUGGAAAAUAUAAUCAAAUAUUAGACGCUUGCGCUUUAAGACCUGAUUUACAAAUCUUAUCAGGAGGAGACCAAACGGAAGUUGGCGAGAAAGGUAUUAAUUUAUCAGGUGGUCAAAAGCAACGUAUUAGUCUUGCAAGAGCCGUCUAUCAGAAUGCAGAUAUCUACUUUUUCGAUGAUCCUCUCUCUGCUGUUGACGCCCAUGUUGGUAAACAUCUUUUCGAGAAUGUAGUAGGUCCAACUGGGCUUUUAUCUAACAAAACAAGAAUUCUGGUGACAAAUGCUAUAACAUUCUUACCGGAAGUUGACGAGAUUUAUGUAUUGAACAACGGUAGAAUUUCAGAACAAGGAACAUAUCAACAACUAGUCGACAAUAAGAAAGCAUUUGCGGAUUUUUUAAAUCAACAUACUUCUAUCAUAUCAAACGAAACAACCGUGAAAAAGAGUCAACCUGCAAUCCUGAACAGAACAAUAUCAUCAUACGGAGGACAAAGCUUCUCAGAAUCAUCAAUGUACGGAUAUUCCGACAGUUUCACCGAAUCGGCUAAAUCAGAAAGAACAAGAUACAAAGGUAAAUUAACGGAAGAAGAAUCGGCUGAAGUUGGAAAAGUAAAAUGGUCAGUUUAUACUAAUUAUAUCAAGGCUGGUGGAGUUAUAUCUUUUAUCGUUUUAAUGGGUUUUCAUCUAUGCUUCUUGGCAAUGGAGGUUGGAUCGAAUGUAUGGUUAAGUAAAUGGACUGAGGAUAGUGAUCGUUCAACAUCAUUUACUGAUUAUCGAUUAGGAAUAUAUGGUACAUUUGGAUCGCUUCAGCUAGUAUCUGUGCUGAUAAGAUCGGUAGUUUUGGCAUUAUUCAUAACAACUGCUUCGGCAAAUCUUCAUAGUGAUAUGUUAAAAAGAAUUUUUAGAGCUCCAAUGGCUUUCUUCGACACUACACCAUUAGGUCGAAUAAUGAAUAGAUUUUCAAAAGAUAUCGAUACCAUAGACGUUAAUAUACCUUUAACAUUCAGAAUUUUAAUUAAUGUUCUCGUUCCUGUAUUAUCUACCCUUAUUGUUAUUUCCAUGACAACACCAUAUUUCUUAAUUAUACUUGUUCCUGUAGUAGGAGUGUACUAUUUCUUGCAGGUGAUUUUCAUUUCUUCGGCUCGUCAAUUAAAAAGAUUGGAAUCAAUUAGUAGAUCGCCCAUUUUUACACAUUUUUCCGAAACUUUAAGUGGAUCGAUGAGUAUUAGAGCGUAUCGAAAGGAAGGCAGUUUUAUAAAGAAAUCGGAUAAAUUAACGGAUGAAAAUCAAAUGUCCUAUUAUCCUAGAAUUGUUGCUGAUAGAUGGAUAAGCAUGAGCCUGGAAACUCUUGGAAAUAUUGUUGUUUUCUUUUCUGCAUUAUUCGCAGUUAUUCAAAGGGAUAAAAUCACUGGAGGAGACGCCGGUUUAUCCGUAGCAUACGCCCUCCAAGCAACAGUUGCAUUAAAUUUGGUUGUUAGGAUGACCUCUGAUUUGGAAACUUAUAUAGUAGCUGUUGAGAGAGUAAGAGAAUAUAGUACUAUUGAAUCUGAAGCUAGAAGGUAUAUUCCCGGAUUUGAUCCACCAUCAAGUUGGCCAGAGAAGGGCAUUGUUGAAUUUAAAAAUUAUUCGACUAGGUAUAGGUCAGAUCUUGAUCUAGUUUUGAGAGAUGUUAAUCUUAAGUUAAAAUCUUGCGAGAAAGUAGGUGUUGUGGGUCGAACUGGUGCUGGUAAAUCUAGCUUGACACUUGCAUUAUUCAGAAUAAUUGAAUCUGUAUCGGGAAAAGUAAUUGUUGAUAAAAGAGACCUGAGUUCAAUGGGAUUACAAUCUGUUAGGUCAAGAUUAACGAUUAUUCCCCAAGAUCCAGUACUCUUCUCGGGUACACUACGCUUUAAUUUGGAUCCUCAUAUGAACUACUCUGAUGAUAAACUACUUAAAAGUUUGGAACAAGCGCAUCUUUCGCCUUUCGUUAAUAAUCUUCCAGGAAAGCUAGAUCACGAAUGCUCUGAGGGAGGAAGUAAUUUAAGUGUUGGACAAAGGCAGCUAGUAUGUUUAGCAAGAGCUCUACUACGCCAUACAAAAGUUCUUAUACUUGAUGAAGCCACGGCAGCGAUAGAUCUAGAGACGGAUGAACUAAUUCAAAAUACCAUAAGAUCUGAAUUUUCCGAUUGUACAGUAAUAACAAUUGCUCACAGAUUGAAUACCAUUCUGGACUACGAUAAAGUUAUUGUUCUAGACUCUGGGCAGAUUAUUGAAGAGAACUCACCGGAUAAAUUACUAUUAGACAAACAAUCUAUUUUCUAUUCAAUGGCCAGUAAUGCCGGAUUAGUAUGA